AUGAAAUUUCAGAUGCUUCUGUUCUUUGUGUCUCUGGUUCUGGCCCAGGUCACUUCUGUUGCUUUGUCCAUCGAUGGCUCUGAUGCCGUUGAGUCCACUGGCUUCCUCGAAUCGAACACUGGAACCGGCUAUCUUGUCAAGCGCAAAAACGUAUUGAAUUUCUGCAGCCGUGCUAGUGAUUGUGCUGAGAAUGAAGCCUGUCAGCUCUUCGUGUGUGUUGAGUCUAACCACAGCCAGGCCCAACCCGACACUGAGGAUGAGGGGAACUGCAAGACCGACGAGGACUGCGGUGAAGGUGCUGAAUGCAUGGGCGGCUUCUGUAUCGAUCGUGACGUUACAGUUGAGGCAUCCCUAACGGGUGAUGCCAUGUGUCAGAAGGACAAAGACUGCGGUAGUGUUGGCAGAUGUCUUAACGGCCUUUGCCUCGCACCGUCCAAAUUACGUUUCGCUCGUCGGUCUCCUCAGCUUGUCUGCCACACCGAUCGUGACUGUGCCAGCCCUUCGGGACCUGGUCACUGCACUCACGGAGGCAUCUGUAUUGCUCCUCCUAUCAAUAAGGUCGAAGCCCGCUCCCCUCAAAUUCAGUGCCGUACCGACCAAGACUGCGCUAGUCCCCAUGGGCCUGGACAGUGUAUAGCUGGUGGCAUCUGUAUUGCGCCCACUCGUCAGCUUGAGACUCGAUCGCCUCAAGUUCAAUGCCAUACCGAUCAAGACUGUGCUAGUCCUGAUGGGCCCGGAUACUGCAUUGGCGGCGGAAUUUGCGUCGCAGAUCCUCCCUCGCAGUUCCUCGUCGAGUCUGCAGCUGCUGAUGUGUGA